AGACCGUAAACGCAGCACUGUGUCGUUGAGCUCGCCGUAUGAACUCACACGCUGCUGUAGUCGCUAAUGUUUAGACCUGGAUGGGAGACAGUCGGGCUCCACUAAGACCGGUUGGAGGAGGUAAGGGAGGCAAUGUUUGAUUUAUUUUCCCUGGACCCACUACAACGAACCUGGGUCAGGCUAGUUUGUUUUUUGUUUCGCUUAUUUCUUCAACAAAUGGAGUAGCAUCGCUGCUGUAGCUGUAGAGGGCUAGCUGGUUCUCAAUGUGGGUUACUGGAUCAAACUUUUCACGCCAUGUGAGGACACGGGAGUGACACUCAUCUGAAUUAAACGGGUUUUCAACUGUAGUCCUCACAGUAUCUUAAUGACAUCCUCAGUAAAACUCUUUAUUUGUGUAGAUUAUCGUUGUUACAGUGUAGUGACGGCUGUAUGAUGUGAUGUGUUGGGGUCCGUUAAUGCAGAAUUGUGUGCGUAAAGUUGGACUCUAAAGACUUUCCCCCCGUUUAUUGUCGAGUAUCAAAUAAGUGACCGAAUAUUUCUAUACUUACUCUGUGCUAUUGUGUGUUGUCGAAAUGGCUGGUCGAUGAUGUGUGGCACAUUUUGAAUGAAGUUUGCAGGGCCGCGUCUAGUGUGGGGGCCAGGAUUGGUAUGAACCAUACAGUCUAUGGUAUCAACCCUCUGAAAUCUUACGGGCCACCCUACAUGCCAAUCUAAAAUUCUGAAACAUGAUUGGCUGUUUGUUUAGACAGAGAGAAGACCUCUAUUAAAGUCAAUUCAGACCAUAGACUGUACAUAGAAUGGACAGCGUCUGCCUCCUUGCUGUGUGAAGCCACUCCGAAAACAGCAUCCUCUGUUGACGGGCUUAUGGGGCUGUGGACAAACUUUAGAAAUUUAUUACACAGAACAUACAUUUUUCUCCCCCCUGCUUGCGGUGUUGACAUGCAGUUACAGUAAGACUGGUUUUUGCUCGAGUCCUUUUUUUUCUUUGAAGCUCCGUUUUUAAAAGUUAUUAGGGGGUUCAUGUUUUCUAUGAUUGACACUUAAUACAGCCUAUUGGCGUUCAGGCAUUGUGUAGCUCACCCAGGGGCAGUGUUGUUUUCUUUGACAAUGACGUUGACGAAAAUAUUUCGUCGGCGUCAUCGUCAAUGAAAACAACAUUGCAGAAUAUAUGCUUAGCGUUUGCUAAACUCAUGAAUUUUUGCAAUUCUGUUCGUCGUCCACCACUAAGGUUUUCGUCUAGUCUCGUCAACGUAAACGCACAUUUGUCUCGUCACAUUUUAGUCAUCUAAGACUUAUGUUUAGCUCGUCAAUGUCACGUCUUCAUAAUGGAAAAAAAGGUGCAGUGACGAAAACAACACUGCUUGGGGGGUACGCUGUUUGAGCCGAGCGUCAUCACAGCGACUCUCGGCAACUCCUGCUGAAUGCGUACAUCGCUACUGUGCAGCGCUGGUUUCAGGAAAUGAAGAAAAAUCCCGGAAAUAUCGAGAGCUUUUUGGCAGUAGGCGGAACCAAGUUGUCCAUAGUAUAUACAGUCUAUGAUUCAUACUUAGAUUAGGGGCUGCCAACAGUUUUCUUUGCAUUAAAAGUGGAGCACAUUUUCUUUGGUUAGUAUUUUAAGUUGUAGGAAAUGAGUAGGAAACUAUUAUAUACUUAAUAGUUUCCUAUUACAUAAAAUUUUGGCUUUGGACAAACAUCCAUUAUUUUACUCCUUUAAUUUUUUUACUCCUCAUAAAAUGAACUUUUUUCAAGACAGUCAAAUGUUUAAGCUGCACCUGUAUAUCUGGUGUUUUAAUUAACUUUAAAAAAAAAGUCAGGAUAAAGUUUAUGUGAUGUUGACAGUCUAAAAUCCUCCACCAAUCUCAAAGUUCUGGCCCAGUAGGUAUUUAUUUUGUGUCUUCUUUUCCCAGUUUAAUCUACCAUCAUGGUGAACCAGGUUCAGCAAAGAGACGGCAGCUGGCAGCCGUGCAAAAGCGACUCCAGUGGGGCCAGCAACAGUGGCGGCGAGAGCUCCAAGGAGAGCUCACGGUGCUCCACGCCAGUGCUAGAUGCAGACCGAACAGACAGACUGCGGGACAAGAUGCGGAGGAGGAUCGAGUCUGGAGACCGCUGGUUCUCAUUAGAGUUCUUUCCUCCCCGCACCGCCAGCGGAGCCGUCAACCUCAUCUCAAGGUUUGUGCAACCCAACAAGAUUUAGUUUGAGGAUUCUCUGCAGGAAGAGAUUUGAACUUAGUAGAAAAACAGUGAAAACUUGCAUUUGCUAAUUACUCCAAUACGAUUCAAAUGUCACAUGAUUAUGAGAUAAAAAGAUAAACUUAUAACAUGUUUCUGGCUUAAUGUUCACUUUUUUAAUCCCGUGACCAUGACUUUUUAAUCUUCCAAUAUUACUAUAUUACUUUAUCAAAAUAACAUUUUUGGUCGUAAUGAGGACUUACUUUGUCCCACUCAUGACAUAAUCCCAUAACUCUGACUUGAUACGACACAAUUUUGACCCACAUUUUAAUCAUUUAGACAUUCUUAUAUUGAAAUUUUAUCUCUUAAUAAAGACUUCAAACUUUGGUUUAAAUUGUUUAUCAUAGUUUUGACUUGUCAUCUCAGUAUUUGAUUGUUCGUGUUAUUUUUAUCCCAUUAUUAUGCUGUUUAUCUCACAACUUUUAACUAUUUAUUCCAUGAUUGUAACUUGUACAUCAUAAUUGUGACUUUUUAAAACCUUAAACCUAAAGUCUAAGUGUUGCUCCAAUCAUCAUUCAGUUUUAGUUUCCUUUACUUUUGUCUGGGCUUUCGUAGAAACAAGCUUACACAUGACCAAAGAAUUCAGCAGAAAAUUGUGGGUCAGUCCUGCUCAAAAAAUCCCAGACAAGUAGCUUUAUGAGGCUUUAUUCAAUCCAUGCUUUAAAACUUUAGAGCUAUUAGUUUGUGGUGACAUAUUUUCAUGCAUGCCAAAGGUGCUUACUGACUCCAAGAAAAGAUUUUUCUACAUUUACUAAACCACACCCUCCUAAUGUCUUCUGUCCUUUUUCUGCAGAUUUGACCGUAUGGGCUCUGGAGGCCCCCUCUUUAUAGAUAUCACCUGGCACCCAGCAGGAGAUCCGGGCUCAGAUAAAGAAACCUCAUCCAUGAUGAUCGCCAGCACAGCCGUAAACUACUGCGGGCUAGAGAGCAUCCUGCACCUGACCUGCUGCAACCAGACCAGAGAAAAGAUCAGCAGUUACUUAGCCAAGGCCAAACACCUGGGCCUGAAGAACAUCAUGGCUCUGAGGGGAGGUAAGGAGAGGUUUAGAAUCUCAUGUCUCAAAACAGCUCAACCUGGAGUGUGUGAAGUAGAUUCAACAUCAGGAUGGCAGAUUAAAAUUAUGGUCAAAUAUUCAUGUUUCAUAUUCGGAUGUCUCUGCAGAUCCUGUGGGAACAGACUGGGAGGAAGAGGAGGGAGGCUUCAACUUUGCCAUCGACCUCGUAAAACAUAUCCGAUCAGAGUUUGAUGACUACUUUGACAUCUGUGUUGCUGGUUCGUUUUCCUGCCUCCACACCACCAGUAACAGAGAGUUGACCUGAGGAAUCAGUCAGUGAUUUAAGUUUUCUCGUUUCCAGGAUACCCGACAGGCCACCCUGAGGCCGAGAGCUACGAGGACGACCUUAGACACCUGAAGGAGAAGGUGGAUGCUGGAGCCGACUUCGUCAUCACUCAGCUCUUUUUUAGAGCCGACACUUUCCUUAAGUUUUUAGACGACUGCAGAGCGAUCGGUAUCACGUGUCCCAUCUUACCUGGAAUCUUCCCCAUCCAGGUAAAUCACUGACACAUUCUACAGAGAUCACAGAUGCAGUUAAGACAAACAUAUGUCUACAGCCAACCUGUGAAUUAGUGCCUUUGAAGAUUUGAUCUUCAUUUUAAUGGCCUAAAAUGAUUUCAACUAGCUGGAAAAUGAUGUUUGUAUAUUUCUAUAGAGAUCAACCAAAGAAAGUAUAACAGGAAGAAGCUUCAUUUCCUUUUUGAAGAGAAAAACAGCUCCUGUUCUUUUGCACCAUUGGGCUGACAUAGUGUGUUGUUUGAAGUCCUCAUGUUGCAUCAGCUGUAAACAAAAUAAGUUGAAAAACCUGCACAGGAGGAGUUGACCAAAUAUUGGGGGUGGAAGGUAGUUGUUUGUACAAUUCUUUCAAAGCUGCAUUCUGUUAAACAUUUCAGGGGGGAAAAAAAAUUCUAAGCUUCUAGAUACAGAAACUUUGAGGACAGUUAAGGGUUUUUUGGGGGAAAUAUGAUGAAUUAUAGUCAGUCAGUUUUAGAUUUGACUCACUCAAAUGUUUAAUAAACUUCCUCACAGCUUAGUGUGUUUAGAGUCUGGUGUCAUAAAAGCCUAAAAACAUUGUCACACUAAGCAGAAAUGCAAACAAAUCUACUUUGAUGGUUUACCCAUUUUUCUCUGUAGGGUUAUCAGUCUUUGCGUCAGCUCGUCAAACUGUCGAAGCUUGAGGUCCCAGAGGAGAUAACUCAAGUUAUCGAGCCGAUCAAAGAUAACGACGCUGCAAUCCGAAACUACGGCAUCCAUCAGGCGGUGGAGAUGUGCCGAGUGCUGCUGGACAGCGGGAAGGUGCCGGCUCUUCAUUUCUACACCCUGAACAGAGAGGUGGCCACCAUGGAGGUGCUGAGACAGCUGGGUCUGUGGAUAGAGGACCCCAGGUCAGUCUGUUCACAGCAACCAUAGCAACCAUUUAGAAGCAGUUAAAGCUCCUGUGAGGAAUUUUUGUCCAACUUUGAAUUUAUGUAAAUUAUUAUGCAUUUUUCAGACUCUAUACUUCUUUUCUUACACCUCUUUAAUAGCGUUACAUGAUUUUCAGGCCAAAAGAAACCUCCCAUUUCUCACUCUGAUGUAUCAAAAUAUCAUUAUAUCCGUCUCUGUCUGAAAAGCUUCAUUUUAGCUGCUGUCUCUUUAAUCCCAGAUAACCCAGAAGUCUUUGCUAGUUUCGUAGAGACUCAUCAGUCAUUAUGAUUCACAGUAGGUCAGUAUUUUUAGAGCUUGUUUCUUCUUUAUCAGACGGCCUCUCCCAUGGGCUGUGAGCGCCAAUCCAAAACGAAAGGUAGAGGAUGUUCGGCCCAUCUUCUGGGCGUCCAGACCCAAGAGCUACAUCUACAGAACCCAGGACUGGGAUGAGUUCCCCAAUGGCCGAUGGUGAGCUCAGUCACAGGACAACUCAGCGGUUCAAAUCCUCCAAACCUAAAUUUCAGUUUCCUUUAUUUGGAAAAAAAAGUGUUGAAUAAGCUUUCAUAAAACUUUUUCUUCAGGGGGAACUCUUCGUCUCCGGCGUUCGGCGAGUUAAACGACUACUACCUGUUCUACUUGAAGAGCAAAUCCUCCAAAGAGGCUCUGCUGCAGAUGUGGGGCGAGGAGUUAAUGAACGAACAGAGCGUGUUCGAGGUCUUCACCUGCUACAUCUCAGCACAACCAAACCACAAUGGACAAAAGGUAGACAAAGGCCUGAUCCACAGGAAUGACAAACCAUCAUGCAUGAUAUAUUUGUUUGAAGCACAGAUUAUCUUUCUAAUCUGAGAGGAGAUUAGUAGGAUGUCUUUUACCUAAAACGGGGAUAACAGAUACAAAACUUUAAUAACCCUGAUAUCAUUUUAACUUAUUUCGUUUUAAGUUCUGUACGCAGGGUUGAUUAAUCAGCCUUUCAGGAAUGUGUCAGUUGUUUUAAAGUUUUUAUUUGCACAAAAACCUGUAUAUAAAACAAUAUUUCCCCGCCUAUCAGGUGAAGUGUUUGCCGUGGAACGACGAACCUCUGGCCCCAGAGACAAACCUGCUGAAGGAGGAACUGGAGAAGGUGAACAGACGAGGAGUCCUGACCAUCAACUCACAGCCCAACAUCAACGGGAAACCCUCCACAGACCCCAUCGUGGGCUGGGGGCCUGCAGGAGGAUACGUUUUUCAGAAGGUAGGACAGCUUCUUGUUCAGGGGGAGCAGCUUAUUUUUCUGUGAUGCAUUCCCUGAAUCAUCUCAUUUUUACACCAACAGGCGUAUUUGGAGUUCUUCACCUCCAGUGAAAACGUUACAGCUCUUCUCAAAGUCCUGAAGAAGUACGAGCCGCGGGUCAACUACCACAUCGUUAAUGUUCAUGUAAGUUUGAACAGAAACUCUUCAUUCUGUGUUUGUGUUUGCACGUUUACUAGUAGAACAUCAUAUGUGUGUUUUGUGUGCAGGGACGAAACCUAACCAACGCCCCAGACAUGCAACCCAAUGCCGUGACGUGGGGAAUAUUCCCUGGCAGAGAGAUUGUUCAGCCCACUGUCGCAGACCCUGUCAGCUUUAUGUACUGGAAGGUGAGACUGAGCCGGAUAAUGAGCCUGAGAGUGAUUCAUAAAUAUUCAGCCUGUAUCCUCAAGGUUUUAUCAGAAGACAAAAGGGUUUUAGAGUUGAACUGUGUCAUUAAAGCCAGUAUGAUUGAGGGUGCAGUCAGUUUCCUCCUUAACGUUUUCCUGUUACGACUUCUUCUAUUCUUCAGGACGAGGCGUUCGCCCUGUGGAUCGAGCAGUGGGCCAAACUCUAUGAGGACGAGUCUCCUUCACGGAUGAUCAUUAAGUACAUCCACGAUAACUACUUCCUGGUGAAUCUGGUGGAUAAUGACUUUCCUCUGGAGAAUUGUCUGUGGCAGGUCAUCGACGACAUGUUUGAGCUGCUGGACGCUCCUCCAGAGCCGCUAGACGCUCCUCCAGAGCCGCUCAGCGACGGCACCGUCUCUGAAUAAACAGAUUUUUUUUUAUGACGCUAAGGAACUGUUUAGAUUUAUGCACCGUCAGAAAAAGCUGCUAAAUGACAGUUUGAGUAAGAAGUGUACUUAUGUACUUAACAGUAUUUCGCAAAAGUUUUUAUAAAUGUUCUGAGUGAAUGGAAAAUGAAGCUGCACUGUCUCACCUGAACACAAACUCAUUUCGAUAUGAUUAUCUCUCAUCAUGUAGCACUCCGAGUGGAAGCUUGACCUAAUUUAUUCAGAUUAUCAUGAACGGAUUAUGGAAUUACAAGAGACAGAGUGAAUGUCAGCAUGUAAGAGACUUCAAUUUUAAAAACUAUUUUUCAUGGAGGUAAAAAUUACACAUUUGUCCUUUUUAAGGGGAAACGUACUGUAGAGAUAUUUUUAAGAUGUUUGAACUGCUGAUGAUUUUAUGAACCACAAAGAAAAGUUACAUUUUUAACUGACUGCCUUAACGUGUUAAAAUGUUGAUGGUAUUUAUUUGUCUUCUCGGCUUUCUAAAGCUCAUUAAACCAUUUUUAGAAAUGUACCACAGAGAAA